AUGGGCCGCUCACAGUAUCUGGACGAUCUCGAGGCCAUCCACGAUGAAGAAGAGGAGCUUUGUACGUGGCGUGACUGGGUAGCUGUGCUAUCAUGGAGUCUGCUAGGCUAUCUAUGUAUCAUAUUGACAGUCAUCGGCUAUUAUAAUCCGUCUCUAUUACCAUUUGACCCGACAUCCUUGUUGUUCAAUAAGGAUAUUUCGCCGUUCCUUGCAUUCUCACAGGGUUCGGGACAUUACCCGAAGCCUCAUGGGUUUAAGGUAGUUGCUCUGGUUCCGUUCAACUACCAUGAGCGCGCUGCCAUUUUGGACUGUUACUUGCAGGUUGUCUUCAUCCCUCAAACACAAGACGCUGUUAGCCUCCAAUGGCUCAAAUCAUUAGUGCAGCAAACCCCCGAAUACGCCAUCUCCCUCUCUGGUCAUGAUAUGGACUGGAGAUUUACUCAGGAGAAUGUCAUGUACAUCCGCAUUGACGGAGAUGUCGUCUUCUUUGAAGACCACACUAUCCCCACCAUCGUCAAAACAAAACUGGAAAAUCCUGGAGCAAUGAUGGUUUCCGCAAAUGUUAUCAACGAAGGCACCCUCUCUUCUCUCCAUAGCCAUCCUGGUAUUGCGUUACCAUAUUUACCAGAACUACACCACGUCGAACAACCUUCUCGGUCAAAGUCCCAGCUCAGCAGCGAUUGGAGGGCAUCAAGCCUUCCACGAUGGGAAGGACCUGGCAGCUUCAGAGUCAAGAAAGGUUUUCAGCCACCCUUCCAGGGUCAUCGGUGGCUACUACCAGCCGGUGCAGGCUCAGACCGAGAUCCCAUUGCGUCUUCUGUGUACACAGAGACAGGCCCGACUUUGCAAGAUUGGACAGUCAGUGCCCAGCAGCAUUACUCGUUCCUUGAUCACCUCGAAACAGAUACUCUGAGUCAGUACAAGUUUCCGAUGUGGGUGAACCCGACCGAUCCUGUUAGUAGCAGUUUCGGGUGUUUCUGGGGCAAGGACGCCGAGGCUUUGCGAGAGAUCUUCGGCCACAAAUCCAGUGAAGAACUAUCCAAGUCGUGGACUGCAGCAGACGGAUCUCGUCCGAACGUGACGAUCGACGGCAAAGGCCUAGUCUCACAUUAUUCCUCUCAAUUAGGUGCUGAUGGCUUAGAUGCGACAGAUCUUCUGGAGCGGUAUCGCGCCUAUGCACAGGAAAGGAUUUGCCGACAGACCAUGUGA